AUGGAGAAUUUGAUUCUCCAUAACCCCGAAUCAACCCCGAAUAAGUUGAAGAGGAAUUCCAUCCUCAUCUUUGUUUCGAAGUUUAGACGUUGGGUUUGGAGACAACCUAUAUUGAUUGCUGUUUUUGUUACCGAGAUUAAAGAAUGCGACAAUUUUGUUUAUUUUCCCCUCCUUGUUUCCUUUGCAGGGACUACCAAAAAGGAGUUACUGGUCGUUGUUCAACUCAACAAGCCUGAAGUUCGUUACCAAUUGGAUGAUUAUGUUGCGAAAUGUACUGAUCAUGAGAUUGUUCGUUUGCCUCCAUACCAUUCAAUCUAUAAUCCGAUUGAAAUGGUUUGGUCACAAAUGAAGCGAUAUUAUGAUAAGAAUAUUGGUCGCAACAAUGAUUAUUCACACGAAAUGGCUGAAACGAUCUGGGCAGAGGCAUUGGCAUGCGUUUCUAUACAGCAAUGGGAAAACUAUUGCCGUCAUACUGAAACCAGAAUCUUGGAGGACUAUGCUCGAGAGGUAUCAGAUGACUGUAAUAGAGAAGCCUAUCAGAUCCAAAUUGUUUGUGAUGAGGAUGACGCAGACAAUGGUGAUGACGAUGGUGCUGACGCAGAUAAUUUCACCGCAAUGCAAGUGACCGUCGACCUUGAUUCACGGAUUCAUAAUUCAGCUUCUUUGGAGAUGAAUCUGGGAUCGGUUCGUCGAUCCUUGUUAACUGCGUUUGAAUCGGAAAUGCUGGCAGAUCCACCCCAAAGUGACGAAGACAUGGUAGCAGGUCUUCAGAUGGAAACUGAUUUCGCAGACCAUUCUGUAUUACCAGCGAUUCCUUCAUCGGAUUCGACAAAUUGUUCCCCGAGGACUUUAGAUCAUGUGAGCUCGCGUAACCUCUCAGAUUUUAAAUUAAAUUUCGGCCCUUGA